UAGUGUUUCCGGUGUGGUGUGCGGCUGCCUCUGUCUAACUUGACGCGCCUCUCCUCUGUGCAGCCAUGCAUUAGGGUGAAGCCGCAUAAAAGCGUUUCCAUAAUGCGGGCGUGAGGUUGCGGAGUAAAAAGGGGGGGAUCCAGGAGGAGGAGGACAGCGGGCCGUGUUACCGGCUUUACACCGAGCCUGUCCGCCGCCGCUGCCGCCGCACGGACACCGGAGAGAGAAAAAAAUAUCAAAAAACAUGUCGAACCGAAAGCACCGGGACAACCAGGAGAUCUGCGCCCGCAAGGUCCGCGAGCUGGCCCAGUCUGGAGUAAACAAACACUGCUUCGAGUGCAACCAGCCCGGGGUGACUUACACCGACAUCACGGUGGGAAGCUUCGUCUGCACGUCGUGCUCCGGAAUGCUGAGAGGCCUCAACCCUCCCCAUAGAGUCAAGUCUAUCUCCAUGACAACCUUCUCCCAACAGGAAGUGGAAUUCCUGCAGAACCAUGGCAACGAGGUCGGGAGGAGGACUUGGCUGUGUGUGUUUGACCCAAAGACGGACGGCUGCUCUGACAUGAAGGACUCUCAGAAGUUCAAAGAGUUCCUCCAGGACAAAUAUGAAAAGAAAAAAUGGCAUUUUUCCAAAAGUAAGAACCGCAGGGAUGUGGAGGGUCCUUGGAGUCCUGGGGUCCAGGCCGUGCCCCCUUCCCACGGUCCCUUAGCGAGCCAGGCCCCCACCCAUAACCUGCCCCACAACGCCAGAGCCACAAGGCCACUGUCUCAGUCCCAGCUGCCGUCAUGGGAUCGAGCGCCUGCGAUCUCGCCUGCCGACAUGCGGACGGACGUGUUCACCGCUCGGCCGUCGCGCUCCCAGAGCUUCAGAGACCCCCCUCUGAAAGAUCCCACCCUGUGCGGGAUAGAGAGACAGCGGCCAGGCUCCCUGUCGUCAGCGCUGGGAGCUCAGAGCCACGCCCCCUCCUUCCCCGCCCUCCCACGACCAUCAGCCAGUAGCUCUUUCAAAAACCACUUCACUUUAGGUCGCACAGUAUCGGCCUCGGGGGCCACGGGGCCCUUCAGGGCCUUUCCUAAGUCUCUCAGCGUGGACUUUGGAGGUCUGAGCCAUCCUCAGCCACAGCCUCUGCCCCAGUCUCUGUCCCAGCAGCAGCAGCAGCCUGCCAGCGUCGGCCAGACGACGCCACCGAUCAGCAGCUCCAACGCCCAGGACAGGUACGCUGCUGUGUCCCACCUGGACAGCGUCUUCUCUGAAACAUCGUCGACCACAGCGCCACCUGGUGGUCCUCCGCAGUACAGCGCCAUCUUUGGCAGCAGGCUUUCAUCCAGCUCUACUCCUGCCAGUUCCCCCGGUGUCGAUACGGUCUCCAGCUCCCAAACCUUUGCAAAUUUCCCCAACCCAUUCAGUUCCAGCUCCAGCUCUGCCUCCCAGCAGCCUGUUGCCCUCUCCCCCAGUAACCCCUUCAGCAAUGCCUCAGGAGGUGACUCCAGUGCGUUUGUCACCUCGCCCACCUCUGUGUUCCCUCCGUCCGCCUCCUUCCCAGCGCCCGCCACCCAGAAUGCAUUUCCUCAUGAGUCAGCCAGUAACCAGGAAGCCAACGGUUUUGCCUCCUUCCCUGCGUCCGACUCUCAGCCCAAAGUCCCCCGGCCGAUGUCGGUGAACCCGUUUACCGGGAAUGUUUACCCCAGUCGAGGGACGUCGCGAAACCCUUUCAUCUGACCCCCACCACCACCACCACCGCCGCCGCCGCCCCUCCCCUCCCCUCCCUCACUUCUCCUUACUUCACCCAACCCCGUCCAUCUCUGGGAACCCGAGGGAGAAGUGAACUUGAGAAGUCGCUGCCAUUUCAAUGCCUCUGGAGUAUUUUCACCCCUCUGAGGAGAGGGUUUGACCCUCCCACUCCCCCUCCUCCCCCUCCUCUCUGUCUGUGUUUACGUGUUUGUGGAGGAAAAAAAAAUGUGUGAAUGUAAUUAUAACUAAUGUGUGUGUGUGUGUGUGUGUGUUUGGGAGUGUUAGCCUGCCGUGUUUGUACCACGAGACAAAACGUCAAAAGGUGUUUGUGUGUGCCAGUUAGACGCCACCUCAGGGCUCUGUGGGAGUCACGAGUAAAAACGACACCUCUUAUGAUUUUUUGCAGAAAAAAAAACCACACACACACACUUAAUGCACACAUAUAUUACACACGUCGCUGCUGCUGCUACUUUGCUUUCAUCUCCUGCUAAAAAAGUGCAAAAAACCAGCCCGCCAGUAAACACAUCAGUGUCGUCCUCUGCUUUAAAAGUCUCAGUCGUCCAAAGGAAAAGCCAGUCGAGACUCUGACCCUGCAUCAUGAGUUUCUACAGAUGGUUAUAACCGCCUUAACAGCCUCCUGAUGCAUGUGAAUUAGCGUCGAAAGAUAACACAGGCUUUUCUCUGUAAUGGGUUUACGUGUGUCUGCAUUUGUCACCGUUUUAUCGUCAGGGUUUUCCUUUUUUUUUUUGAAGGAUAAUCUAUGUUUUCCACUCUCAGGCUGCAUGCGCUUAGAGGGCUAAAAGGAGAUGCUACUGAAUGUAAAAGCAAUUUCAGAACAACUUAACGUAAAUGUGUAUGAUAACUUCAUCGCUCCAUGUGCCGGACCAAAAUGUUCUCUCGCUGUUUUUUUGUUUGUUUGUUUUCAGUUGACAUGGAAGUUUAAAUUCCUUUAUUUUGCCAAAAAAAAAGGAGAAAAAAGAGAAGAAAUUCAUGUAACAACGUCUUUGUAAUGACAAGUAUUCAUGUUCAUAAAAUCAGUUUGUUGCUUCUUAAAA